UCGAGAUUUUGCCAUCGUUGGCCCCGAGCAACAUUUUACUCGUUUCAUUCGGUGCACUCGUCGCCGAUCAUCUUCACGUUAUUCCCCACUUCGAUCGACGUCAAUCGCCGUCGUUUCCUCCGGUGAAGGGACCAAACCUUUCUCCCUGAUCGGAUCUUCCACAAACUCGUCUUUUCUUCUCCACGUAGGUGAGUCCCGAUCUCGACUCUGUUUCUGUGUCGCAUCACUUCGUGGAUAAGAUUUUUGUUGCGGAGAAGGUUUAGAUCUGUGCUCUUUUGGUUAUUUCCCGAUCUGGGUCAUCCAGAUCUGUCGAAGUUUAUGCGGGUUUGUUCGGAUUUGAGCUCGAUGGAUCGAUUCGGAAUCUGGGUGCUUGCAAUGGUCUUCAUUGCUCAAUCGGCGUAUGGAUUUUAUCUUCCUGGUAGUUAUCCCCAUAAGUAUAAGGUCGGUGAUCCGUUGAAUGUGAAAGUGAAUUCACUUACUUCGAUCGAAACGGAGAUGCCGUUUAGCUAUUACAGUUUGCCAUUCUGCCAACCCCCCGAUGGUGUUAAAGAUAGUGCAGAGAAUCUUGGUGAACUUCUCAUGGGGGAUCGGAUCGAGAACUCGCCUUAUAAGUUUAAGAUGUUCACCAAUGAGAGCGAGAUCUUCAUGUGUCAGACUGAAAAGCUGAAUGCUGAUACCUUUAAGCUUUUGAAGAAGAGGAUUGAUGAGAUGUAUCAAGUUAAUCUGAUCCUCGACAAUUUACCCGCCAUUCGGUACACGGAGAAAGAUGGUUACGUUCUGAGGUGGACGGGGUUUCCAGUCGGGAUUAAGGUGCAGGGCGUCUACUACGUUUUCAACCACUUGAAGUUCAAGGUUCUUGUCCACAAAUACGAAGACCCAAAUGUGGCGCGGGUCAUGGGUACUGGGGAUGCAGCUGAGAUGAUUCCAACAAUGGGGAAGAAGGAUUCAGAUGAACCCGGGUACAUGGUUGUCGGGUUUGAGGUGAUUCCUUGUAGCUUCGCACAUAAUGGGGACACCACAAAGAAGUUGAAAAUGUAUGACAGAUACACAAGCCCAAUCAAAUGUGAUUCCACCAGUGUAUCUAUGUCUAUCAGGGAAGGCCAGUCGAUUGGAUUUACAUAUGAAGUCAGCUUUGAGCUGAGCGAUAUCAAAUGGCCGUCUAGAUGGGAUGCUUACUUGAAGAUGGAGGGAGCGAAGGUUCACUGGUUCUCAAUCUUGAACUCUCUUAUGGUUAUCACGUUCUUGGCUGGCAUUGUUCUUGUGAUAUUCUUGAGAACUGUUAGGCGGGAUUUGACCCACUAUGAGGAACUUGACAAGGAGGCUCAAGCUCAGAUGAAUGAGGAGUUAUCGGGGUGGAAGCUUGUCGUUGGGGAUGUUUUCCGGGCUCCAUCAAAUCCGUCGCUUUUGUGUGUAAUGGUUGGUGAUGGUGUUCAGAUUCUCGGCAUGGCUGUUGUUACUAUCUUGUUUGCUGCUCUUGGGUUCAUGUCACCAGCUUCUCGUGGAGCACUUAUCACAGGUAUGCUGUUCUUCUACAUGAUUCUUGGUAUUGCAGCUGGUUAUGUUGCAGUUCGACUUUGGAGGACAAUCAGCUGCGGUAAUCACCAUGGAUGGGUAUCCGUUGCAUGGAAAGCCGCUUGCUUUUUCCCGGGCAUAGCGUUUUCGAUCCUUACAACGCUGAACUUCCUUCUAUGGGGCAGUCAUAGCACUGGAGCCAUACCCUUCUCUCUGUUUGUCAUUCUCCUCCUCCUCUGGUUCUGCAUCUCGGUCCCCCUCACUCUUAUCGGCGGUUACUUUGGUGCCAAGGCUCCUCACAUCGAAUACCCAGUUCGAACCAAUCAAAUCCCCCGAGAAAUCCCGGCCCAGAAAUACCCGUCAUGGCUUCUCGUUUUCGGGGCUGGAACCCUACCCUUCGGAACCCUCUUCAUCGAGCUUUUCUUCAUCAUGUCCAGCAUCUGGAUGGGCCGUGUCUACUACGUUUUCGGGUUCCUAUUCAUCGUCCUGAUCCUCCUAGUGGUUGUGUGCGCUGAGGUAUCCCUAGUGUUGACAUACAUGCAUCUCUGCGUUGAGGACUGGAAAUGGUGGUGGAAGUCGUUCUUUGCUUCAGGCUCAGUGGCUAUAUACAUCUUCAUAUACUCCAUAAACUAUCUGGUCUUCGACCUGAAAAGCCUGAGCGGUCCUGUCUCGGCCACUCUUUACCUGGGCUACUCGUUCUUGAUGGUUCUUGCCAUCAUGUUCGUGACUGGCUCGGUCGGUUUCCUCUCUUCCUUCUGGUUCGUCCACUACUUGUUUUCUUCUGUGAAGCUGGAUUGAAGAAGAAUCCACCUAUACUUUCAACAGUUCAAGAGAUUGUGAACAUUUUGGAGAGAAGAGAGCGUAUUGAAAUCAUAAGCAGGAAGGGGCAUGAAGUUGAUAAGUGUUAUAAUUCAAGCUUUUGUAUUUGAUCUUGUCUUAGUUAAGAAUCUUGGUCUUCCUUGUUGUUUCUUCAUGUGUCUGAAUUCUUAACAUUUGGUUUUUCCUUAAUUAUAAAAUAGUUAUUAUUCAGCUUUU